AUGAUUCUUAAAUAGCACUAAAAACUCAUAUCGUCAAUAUAAACAUAAUUUUAGAGAGUAUUUGAAAAAAUAGGUGCUGCUGCUUACAUUAAAAAUGAAUAAAAUUAGGAAAUAGAUAUUGAAUAAAAUACAAUAUUCAUCAAAAGAAUUAGGGAUUAACUGCUGCAAUUAAUUGAAAAAUACUAAAAUUAAAAACUUAAAAAAGAAUAACUCUUAGAUUUCAAUAUAAUAUCGAAUCAAAUUAAAGAAGAAAUUAGUAAAAAAAUAAGAUGGAUUGGCAAGAAGAAACCAAAACCUUUCUUUCAAUUAGAUCUCCUUAAUUUGGAAAAGUAUGAGAUAAACUAUUUAAAAUAAGUAUUGGAUGAACAACAACUUUAAUAAAUAAAUUCAGAAGAAAAAUCAAAAAAAUACUAACCUAUAAAUAAGGAAAUCAAGCAAACUAAUGAUGAAUUUUUGAAAUUGAAAUUAACAGAUUUUUUUGAUUGUGAAGUACUUUUGGAUCACUUAGAGAUGUUGAUAACUUAAUCAAAAAACAUAAAAAAUAUAAUCAGUUAAAAUUGCGGCAACAAAACAUCUCAGAAUUCAUAAAUCAUGUUAGAUUUGUUUCCAAAUACUUAGGUAUAUAUUUUCAAAAAAUCGAUUUAUAAUGUACAAAAAUAAACGUUAGAGUUUUAUUCAAAUUGUAAAACACUUGAGUAAAUUAUUUUUAAUGAAGAAUUUUUAGAGAAGCGUAAAAAUUAAACCAAUUUUGAAUAAAUUCCUACAUUGCUCUAUAUAUUAAACUUUGAUUCCCUAAAUUAUUAAGAUUAAGGAGUAGUACAUUAGGGCGAAAAAGUUAAUAUAGUAUAAAAUAUGAUAGGAAAAUUAAAAAACGAUAUGAAAGUAAAUUAUGAGGAGAGAUUGAUAUAUUUUCAAAUUCAUCCUAUAAAGUUAGAGAACAAGUUGUAUUCAAUUUAAUUAAGAUACAAUCAACCAUUUAAGAAUAGCCAAUAGAAGAGUUUUGUGAAGAUUUAUUGA